UGAGCAUGCGUGAGGGUGUUCUCAUUCACAAUUUCCCGCUAACAAAACAAAGCUUUCUCCCACUCGCACACCCUCUUAAGGAACCAAAUUCCAACACCAUCUUCUCCAAACGCAGUAACUAACUAACAGAGGAGGUCACGUUUUCUACGUUUCACUUUCAUCAUUCAUCAUUCAUCAUUCAUCAAUGGAUCCCUGCCCCUUCGUGCGCCUCAUGCUCGACUCUCUCGCUCUCAACCUUCCCUCCGCCACCAAGCCGCCACCGCUCUCCGGCGUCCACCCUUCCACCACUCCAUGCUUCUGCAAGAUUCGCGUCACCACCUUCCCUUCUCAGACCGCGCUCCUCCCUCUCUCCUCCUCCUCCUCCUCUUCGGAGCCCACAUCCACCACCUCCGCGCCGGGCUUCCACCUCGACGCCGCCGCGCUCCGCCGCCUCUCCUCCCGCCCCCUCACCGUCCGCCUCGCCGUCUACUCCGGCAGCACCGCCCGCGCGUGCGGCGUGGCCGGCGCCAAGCUCCUCGGCCGCAUCGCCCUCACUGUGGACCUCGCCGCCGCGCUCUCGCGCCCCAGCACGUUCCACGCCGGCUGGCUGAGGCUCCGGAAGGGGCGCGAACCGGAGCGGAAGCCCUCGGGUUGGGUCCACGUUGUGGUCCGGUCCGAACCGGACCCGCGGUUCGUGUUUCAGUUCGGGGGCGAACCGGAGUGCAGCCCGGUGGUUUUUCAGAUUCGGGAGAAUAAUAUCAGACAGCCUGUCUUCAGCUGCAAGUUCAGCGCGGAUCGCAACUCCAGAUCCAGGUCUCAACCUUCAGAUUUUGCCAACAACCCCAGUAGAUGGAGAAGAACCUUGAACAGUGUUAGAGAACGUCAUGGGAGGGAGAGAAAGGGUUGGAUGAUAAUGGUUCACGAUCUCUCUGGCUCACCCGUUGCUGCUGCCUCCAUGAUCACCCCAUUUGUCCCAUCCCCUGGUUCUGACAGAGUAUCAAGAUCAAACCCAGGUGCAUGGCUUAUUCUGCGCCCCAUUAACGGUGCUUCUGUUAGUAGCUGGAAGCCAUGGGGUCGUCUAGAAGCAUGGCGAGAGAGAGGUCCUGUUGAUGGCUUAGGCUACAAGUUUGAGCUUGUCACCGAGAAUGGACCCGUCAAUGGAAUACCUAUUGCUGAGGCCACAAUGAAUGUGAAAAAGGGUGGCCAAUUCUGCAUUGACUACAAAGUCAUGAGGGAUUCUGGACUGGGUUCAAGGUUACCAGGAAAAGGGUUUGUAAUGGGUUCCACUGUGCAGGGUGAAGGCAAAGCUAGCAAACCUGUUGUGCAAGUUGGGGCACAGCAUGUCACAUGCAUGGCUGAUGCUGCUUUGUUCAUUGCACUUUCUGCUGCCAUUGAUCUCAGCAUGGAUGCCUGCCAGCUUUUCUCACAUAAACUAAGGAAGGAGCUUUGCCAUGAAGAACAAGUUUCCUUUCCAUAACCUUCUUGAAGUAAAGAAUCAUGUUUGCGAUGUGAAAGUUAUAGCUAGUAGUUUCUUAAAAUCAAAGUGGAACCAAACAUGAUAAAAGUGAAUUGCAUUGUUGUCCUUGCAUCACAAGUUACCAUCUGCUGCAGUGAUAGCCAAUGUGUUCCUACUUAAUACAUAGUGGGAACUUUGGUUUGAGCAUAUAUAGGUAUGCAAGUAAACAAGUCCAUGCAGCUUCGGAAGAUUCAGUUUUGUGAAUGUUCUUAUAAGGAAGUGAGAGUUGCAAGUUUUGUUGGUUUUACUUUCUAAUGGGGUUUUCUAAACAGCAGAAGUUAUAGGGGUGAUUUUAGUAGCAUUUUUUGAACUGAACUGUACAGACAAACCACAGGCAAAUGUCUGAUUAUAUACCUUUACUUUUUAUAAUAUUAAUUCAAAUUUCUAUUUAUUAUUUA